ACUUUGCUUUUGUUCUGUUCUCUUUCAUUCUCCCAAAAUUCUUCUUCUUUGCUUAACAUUCCUUUUAGUCUAAUCAAUCAUUAUUCACAUAUAUACAUAAUAUAUAUAAAUAAUAUACAGCUAGAGAACAGAGAAAAUAAGACAAAAAAUGGAAGAAGAAAAAAGAUCAAAGUUUAAGAGGAUUUGUGUUUUUUGUGGAAGUAGUUCUGGAAAGAAACCUACUUAUCAAGAAGCUGCUACUGAAUUAGGAAAACAACUGGUGGAAAAAGGGAUUGAUUUGGUGUAUGGAGGAGGAAGUGUGGGUCUAAUGGGACUUGUUUCUCAGGCUGUUCAUGAUGGUGGGCGCCAUGUUCUUGGAGUAAUUCCUAGGACUCUCAUGCCUAGAGAGAUAACGGGCGAAACAAUUGGAGAAGUGAGAGCAGUGUCUGGAAUGCAUCAAAGAAAGGCUGAAAUGGCAAGACAAGCUGAUGCCUUUAUUGCCCUUCCUGGUGGUUAUGGUACCCUUGAAGAACUUCUUGAAGUCAUUACAUGGGCUCAACUUGGAAUCCACCGUAAACCUGUGGGGCUAUUGAAUGUGGAGGGAUACUAUAAUUCUUUGUUGAGUUUUCUUGAUAAGGCAGUGGAUGAAGGCUUUAUUUCACCAAUUGCUCGUAAAAUUAUUGUGUCUGCUCAAACUGCCCAACAAUUAGUCAAACAACUUGAGGUAAUUUAA